AUGGUAACCCAUCCCCUGACCUCUGAGACCCACAUGUUCCCAUGUCCCACAUGUUCCCAUGGUAACCUCACCCAUCCCCUGACCUCUCAGACCCACAUGUUCCCACGGAAAUCUCACCCAUCCCCUGACCUCUCAGAACCAAAUGUUCCCGUGAACCACAUGUUCCCACGACCCGCAUGUUCCCACGGUAACCUCACCCAUCCCCUGACCUCUCAGACCCACAUGUUCCCACGACCCACAUGUUCCCGUGGUAACCUCACCCAUCCCCUGACCUCUCAGACCCACAUGUUCCCACGACCCACAUGUUCCCGUGACCCACAUGUUCCCACGCUCCAAGGGUCUCUGAGGAGGAAGAUCGAGGGCCAUACUCCUGGCUACUCCUCCCAACAGAACGGCCUGUCCUGUGGGCCGUCGGGGCUGGACUUCAAACGUGUCCGUCUGGAGGGGGGCAGCGGCAGUUUGGGUGGGCACGGACCCUGUUCCUUCAGCUCCGGGCAAUCACAGUCCAUGGGAGGCGACGCUUCGUCCAUAGGCCACCCCCUAAACAGGAAAAAUAACAACAGCAGCUACAUGAUGCCCCAUGGAGUCAUGAACUCUGACCUCAUCAACAUGACCCUGAAGGAGAUGAAGAAGGAACCUAUAGACCAUGUUACUUCCUGCGGCCAGAGGUCUACGGAGAUGAUGGUGUUCAGCAGCCAGAUCGACCCGGAGCUUCAGGAUCUGUUCGACGAGCUGACCAAGACCGUCCCGUCUCUGCACGACCAGGAGUUUGAGAAGAUGCUGAAGCAGGAUGAUACGUUCGGCCUGGCGGAUCUGGAGCGCGGUGCGGCUACCCUCUGCUCCCACCUGGACAAGCCCAUCAAGACGGAGUACUCCUCUCCAGACUACGGCCAGACACAUGGCCAUGGCGGCUCCUCACAGCUCCGCCCGGCAUCCACUGGUCCCUCCUACACCAUGUCCAGCUCCUCCCCCAUCACCAACCAGAAGAGCCAAGGCCAGGGACCCUCGGGGCUGGCCGGACCCCCCAGCAGAGGUCUCCCUGGCUGGCCUGAGGUGUCCCAUGCGGAGCAGCUAAAGCAGAUGGCAGCCAACCAGAACCAGCAGCAACCCAACCCCCAGGCCCUGCUCCACCACCAACAGACUCAGGCUGGAGGGGGAGGAGGACCAGGCACCAGUUGGAACACGCAGCCCUCCUCCAGCUCCUUCCCCCAGGACAAGCUCUCCAACCCGGCCUCAAUGGGCCAGAGGAUCACCCCCCAGACCUCCAUGGACAGCCAGGGUAAAGGCAUAAACAACUGUCUGUUCAAGCCCAACGGACACAACAGCUCCAGCCACCUGGAUAUGAAGGUGCUCAGCAACAAACCCAUGCUCCACUUCAGCCCUAAAGCAUCCCAGCAACCCUCCACUAUGGCAGGUCCACUGAGUAAGACUACAGCCCAUCAACAACAACAACAGCAGCCGUCCACCUCAGCCCAGAACUUGAACACGAACCACCCAGUUCAUAACUACCAGAACCCCCAGCAGCACCGGCCCGUGUCUGGGUCUCCUCACUUGCAGCCCAAGUCCCUGGCCCAGAGAACCCCUCUCAGCCAGCAUGGACCUGGACCUGGACUCCACUUUAAACUGGCUCAACAACGACAGAUGCCCACCAACAACAGCCUAGUGGGGAUGUCAGCCCAGGCCCAGACCCAGGCCCAGCCCCAGGCCCAGCCCCAACGUCCCCCUGCCCCUGGCUCCAACACCCAGCAGAAACCCCCAGGACCAGGGAAGACCCAGGUCAUGCAGAGACAGCUAGCCCAGCAGCAGCACAUCAUCAAUGACUCUGACAAAAGCAAUAGUAGCCAGGAUCUGUUUAACCGUCAUCUAACCAGACCACCACCAGACUAUAAACAGCCCAGAGGAAUGGUCCAACCGACCGGCCUUUUCACAGGUAUGAGUUCCUCCCAGUCGUUGUCGACCAACGGGUCUGACCAGAGUGACCUUCUAUCCAUGUCCUGCCACAUGCCCAGCGGCCCGGGAUCCAAGAUGACCCCUCCUCCCAUGGACUGGAGGUUUGGAAGAGGCCCCCACACUCACCAGAUCCAACAGCACAUCAACCAGACCAAGAUGGGGCUAGGAGUCGGAGGAGGACUCAACCAAAACAAGUCCAGGUUCCCUGGUCCUCCCAACGUCCAGGGUAAUGGGUUUGAGGUGGGUGGUCUUACCAGUGUACAACAUCCCUCAAGGACAUCAGUAGGCCAGCAGGGUGGAGGGAUGCCCAGUCAGGGGCAGGGUCUCGGGCUGGGGGGUGUGAUGGGCUGGCCUCCUGGAGCUAAAGCUCCCAUCAUGGGGCCUGGGUCUCUCGGGGUGAGGCGGCUCCCGAACUCGCUCCAACCCCAGGGGGGCCAGUCCCAGUCUCAGCUCGACAUGUCCAGCCACCAGUACCCUCCUGGCCCCCGGCACAUAGGCCCUGGCCCACCUAACCAGGUGGCACCAGAAAUGGGCAUGCUGCCUCUGAACCCAGCCCUCCGCAGCUCCACCACCACCACCAACCCCAGACCCAGCCAACCCAUGAUGCCCCCUCUGCCAGGGCUACCAAGCCUCAACCAGGCCUCUCCGGAGCAGAGGGUUCCCGCUGGGAGCAGCACCAUCGGGGUCUUCCCACCACAUAACCACAACCCUGGCGAAAGCUACCAGAACCAGAACAGCCGGGCUGUUAACCGACUGACCUUUGAGUUCCUCCAGGAGGGAGACAACACCGUCCCAGGGAUCAACACUGACUCAGACUUCAUUGACUCGCUGCUGAAGUCCGGAUCCGGCAACGACGACUGGAUGAAAGACAUUAACCUUGAUGAGAUCCUGGGCAGUCACUCAUAAAGUGGGAUGAAGUGCGAUUGCAUAAAUAGGGCCCAGAGUUUUUCCCUGCAGCUCUCAUGAAUUCAGGUUCAUUCAUUCUUCAAGUCUCAUGAAUUGGGGUUCAUUCCAGAGAGUUUUUCUCUGCAAGUCUCAUGAAUUGGGGUUCAUUCCAGAGAGUUUUUCUCUGCAAGUCUCAUUAAUUGGGGUUCAUUCCAGAGAGUUUUUCUAUUUAAGUCUCAUGAAAUGGGGUUCGUUCCAGAGAGUUUUUCUCUGCAAGUCUCAUUAAUUGGGGUUCAUUCCAGAGAGUUUUUCUCUUCAAGUCUCAUAAAUUCAGGUUCAUUCCAGAGAGUUUUUCUCUAGAACAAUCCAACAGAAUUGGUGGCCAGUUUUUCCAUCAAAAAAUUCCAUAGAAUUGGGAGAGCUGGUCAGGAGUUUUUCCAGGUUAGAUGGGCCAUGUGGUGUGGAAAAACUCCUGGCCUUAAUUAUAGGCUCCAACUUCCCUCUUCCUGGCCUUAAUUAUAGGCUCCAACCUCCCUCUUCUGGUCAGGAUAAACUCCAGGACCCAUCCAUAAAGACUGAUAACUGCAAACGCAGAACUUUCCCCAUACAGAGACUAUGGAUGGCCUUGUAUGCAUCUCAAAUGGCAUCCUAUUACCCUUUAUAGUGCACUACUUUUGACCAGGGCCCAUAGGGCAAUGGUUGAAAGUAGUGCACUAUAUAGGGAAACAGGGUAUCAUUUCACACACAGACCACGAUUGGCCAUGAGUCAGAAUUCACCUAAAGGGAUUACAUUUGCAAAAAGCUAUAAUGUCAUUUUGUAAACCCAAUAUAUAAUUUGAUAUCUAAUUGUACUUUUUGUGUAUUCCUGUGAAGAAAUAUAUAUUCUGUAUAAUAAUAUUUUAGUACUUUUAAAGGUUCAUUGAAUAAGAACCGGGGAUUUCUCUGACAGCAUCUUGAACGGAUUCUGAAUAUAUGCUAUCAAACCUUCCUCUUUUCAUAACAUAGUCUUCGUCCAAAAAUAGCACCCUAUUCCAUACAUAGUGCACUACCCAGUCUUCAUUAUGUAGGGGAUAGAGUGUCAUUUCUGACACAGAUAUGGGAUGUAGUGUACUACUAGUGACUAGAGCCAUGUGGGCCCUGUAAUAACAUGGGGUAGAGGGUUCCAACCAUGGUCAACUGUGAACAGGAAGUGGCUGUCAUACUUCCAGACUUUGUCCCAAAUGACACCGUAAUUCCCCUUUUAUUGUGCACUACCACAUAAUGCUCUGGUCAGAAGUAGAGUACUGUAAUAGGGAAUAGGGCGUCAUGACGGGAUAUACACCCCCCCCCAGACCGAUCGUGGUGUUUCAUGUUUUGAAUGAUGAUGCUGUCUCAGGUGUUUGUUCAUGUUAUUAGUACUUUUCCCGCUUAUCGUCUGGGACUGGAUUGAACGGCAAGCCACAUCUUAAACCAUUUAUUUUAGAUUUUUGAUCUAAUAUUUAAUAAUCUAUUGGGGAAAAAAAUUAUACGACAUUAUAAACAAUCUAAUGAAUAAAAAUGUUUUAAAUAAA